AUGUCAGCCCAGAACGACACACUGAACCAAUACCUUUUUGCCUCUGGAGAUCAUGAAGAACACCAGUCUCUCAAGGUGGCAGAAGGAGCCUACAAAGGCUGGGUGCCAAGGGCUAUCUAUUCCAAAGAACUUUACGAAGUUCAACUACCAUUUCUACGUCUGCUGAGUUUCCCAGUAGGAGGAACUGCAUUAGGAUCCUUGUCUCACAAGCUUACUGUGUUUGAGGCUGUCGGAAACUAUCUGACAAGACUGCCAGCAUGUUUUGCCGAGUGCCAUAACCUUACAAAAUUGAACCUGGGAUUCAAUUACUUUACGGAGAUCCCAUAUCCUGUAUAUAGGUUAACAAGAUUAGAGAUUUUAAAUCUGGAACACAAUGACUUGGAAAGUAUGGACUCGGAAAUCCAAAAUUUGAAGAAUCUGCGGGUCCUAAAUCUUAGUGGUAAUUUAUUAGAAGAGCUGCCAAAGGAAUUAAGAAUGUGUCGCAGAAUUCAGGAAUUACAUCUGUCAGGCAAAUUUUACCCUGGUGGCAAGUUGACAGAGUUCCCAGAAUGCAUCAGUUAUUUGACGGAGCUACGCUACCUUGAUUUGUCCUGGCAACAUAUCGGGAAAAUUCCCAGGUCGAUAGGAAAACUGCGGAAGCUACAGGUGCUGAAUCUGAAAUGGAACCAGCUGCAGAAAGUUUCCAAAGAGUUAAAAAAGUGUGCCAGGCUGAAGGUGGUGAACUUGUCAGGAGCCCUGCGGUUGUUGUCUGCAAUCCCUGAGUCCCUGCUGGAACUUGAGGAUCUAGAACAAUUAUUCUUGAGUGACAACUUCUUCACGGAGGUCCCCCAACAUGUGUGUGGACUGGUGAAGCUCACCCAGCUGGUCAUGCAGCGGAACUCCCUUCUGAGGCUUUCUCAGGAUCUCUACAAGCUGCGAUAUCUCAGGCACCUGGAACUUAGUGAUAAUUUUCUGGAAGUUAUACCUCCGAAAAUCAAAAGUCUGAGAAAGCUAGAGUAUCUGGGACUAGCCAACAAUCGACUCACUGAACUACCGGAGGAAAUCUGCUUCCUUGAACAGCUGACUUACCUGGGCUUGGGUAACAACAAACUGACACAGUUGCCAGAAAAUAUAUACAGGCUGCACAACCUGAGAACGCUGGAUGUUGACAACAAUGAGUUGCAAGAUGUUCCUCUGCUGAUGGAUCGCUUGGAGCUGCUGGCCGAGGAGGAUGGGUUGCAUAUCCUAAACAACAACCUGCGCAGCCCUUUCAGGGAGAUCAGUGAGCAGGGGACCCGAGCAUUGUUUGAAUUCUUGAAAGGAAUCCGGUUGAAGGAAGCGCAUCAUCGCUGGAAGAUGAUAUUGAUUGGGGCUGCCCGAGCAGGUAAAACAAGCUUACGGCAGGCGCUCAUGCAUGGCAGGUCCCGCCUGGCUGCAGAUUCUGAGCGCACAUGGGUGAUGGAGAGGCAUUUGUGGGAGCCAGAAUCCAGGCUAAGAGUUCAGAUCCUAGAUUUUGGAGGGCAUCACAUCUAUCAAGCUGCCCACCACAUGUUCCUGUCAUCAGAUGCCCUGCAUGUGCUAGUCUUUGACCUGACCAAGUACACAUCUGAGGACUACGAGGAGCUGAUAGGUCACUGGUUGGAAGCCAUCAUGGACAGAGCAGGUGGGGCCAAGAUUGUGAUUGUGGGCACCCACUGUGACCUGUGCAGCAAAGAGGAUGUAAACGAGAAAGUUGAGGACAUCAUGCGGCUGAUGAAACGGGAUGAAACCAACAAGAGGCGUCAGAUUGAGUACGAGAUCAGGAUGAUCAGUGAAGAGCUGGAUAAGCCGGAGUCCAGGGAAGUAAGCAGUGGCAUUCCCGAGAUUGGGAUCGGCCGCAUGCAGGAGAAGUUGAAUAAACUUCAGAAAAUGCUGAACUCUAGGUCUGAGAUUCCAGAGCGCAUAUUUAUAGUCAGUGCUGCUGACACCCUGGAGGGAAUUGCAGAGUUCAGAUCCUCCCUGAUUCUGAAACUAAAGUCUGCUCCGGUCAGUGCUCUACCUGAUGUGUGGUUCACGUUUCUAGAGCAGAUACAGCAGGACAGGGAGAAGGUGCUGACCUUUGAACAGACCAGAGAUUACUUUCAACAGGUGAUGUCAGACAAUCAGAUCUCACAGUGGGGCAUGGGAGGCUCACCCGAGCGCAGCCUGGAGAUGGUCCUAAAGUACCUGCACUCCACUGGGGAGAUAGUCUGGUACCACGACAACGAUCAACUCAGGGGCACAGUGUUUCACCACCCAGAGACUUUAAUUGACAUGCUUCGGGCCGUCUUCAGGCACGACUUUGAGGACGUGGUUCAUUACAACCAAGAGACUGCUACCUUGAUACCCCUGCGGGAGAGCAGCUUCGAGAGCAUGAAGAAAGACUUUCUCAGCCGAGGCCUGCUGACAAAAGAACUGCUGCACUAUUUGCUGAUUCAUUUCAAACUAUGCAGUGAUGCCUCAGACACAUUUUUGAACCUUAUUAUUUCUGUGAUGUUAAAAUUUAGUUUGUGUUUUGAAUUUCAAAACUCUGCCAGAAUGGCUUUAAUGGGCUCUGCACAAGUAGUUCAGUUUCCGUGGUUUUUUCCUGACGAGAAGCCUCCAAACUUUGAACUGCAGUGGCCUUUGGCUCUUCCACCAAAUAAAUAUGAAUUGUGCAUGGAAAUUGUGUUUUCUGCCCAAAUGCCACCAAAUUUCUUCGAGAAACUUUCAGUCAAACUGCAUAAUUUCUUGUUGGAUGCAAAUAGGAUAAACUGGAAAAAUGGAGUACUAGCACAGAAGAAUCACUCAACUCUUCUUGUCAUCAGGGAGAGAAAGAAUGACAGCAUGGCAAUCGUUAUCAAAGCCAGAGGUGAUUCUGACCUGCAGGAGUUGUGGAGCCUGAUUCUGAACGUUCGACAAGCUUCGAUGAACUUGUUCAAAGACUGGCCGCUGUUGAAGUGUGAAAUCGACUUGGUCUGUAUGCAUUGUGUUUUGAAAGGUGUGGAUGAUCCUCAUCGGUAUCCAGGUCACGUGCUGGAGCACAUGAUCCCCAAAGGGGAGUACACUUUGAAAUGCUGUGAGAAGUUUCCGGAUGAUUCGGUGCCGACAUGCUUUGUUUUUCCUUUAGAAGAGGACCAGGAGAAUUUAGAACUCUACCUGAAGGCAGCCAGAGAUUUCAUGCAGAAGACUAUAGAUUCUGUGGAUGGACCUGUAACAGGUGCCAACUUGGCAUUGUCCGACAAGGGCUUGAACUUCAUUGCUUCCAACCUCGGCCGAAACUGGACGGCUGUUCUCCUACAACUGGGUGUCAGCCAGUCGCUGAUAGAGCAGCUUCAGAUCAGCCACCAACAUGAUGUUCACCAACAAAUCAUGAGUGCUCUCAAACGGUGGCGGGAGACAGACAGCGACACCACCAGCCCAGACGACAAGUUGAACUCUCUGUUUGAGGUCUUGACCAGCGAGUCCAUUGGCCAUAUAGAGCUGGUGGAAAAGUUCAAAGAACAUUUUAAAUUGUGA